AUGAUUUGGCAAUUCCUGGCCCAUCUGUUUCGUGAUCCGGCGAUUCCUGGUGCUUCUACUGAAGGUACUGCUGCAACAAGCCAGUCAGCUCAACCAUGGUCGCAGUUUGGCUACGCACGGAACUGGAAGGUGUUUGAGCCAUUCCAAGAACAAAUGCUGGCUGAGUAUUUGCUCAAGGCAUCUGAUAUAUACUUUGGAUUAACGCCUAAGGAAGUUAGACGAUUUGCGUACACUUACGCUGUAGCAUGUAAUUGCAAAAUACCCCCAAGCUGGUCAGAAAAUGAAAUGGCCGGCCCUGACUGGUUCACCUCAUUCAUGAAGAGAAAUAAAACACUUUCCAUCAGAACUCCUCAAGCAACUAGUAUGUCCCGGGCAACAAGUUUCAACCGGACGAACGUUGACCUGUUUUUCAGGAACCUAACCACUGUCCUCCAACGAUUUCAGUAUGGGCCUAAUGAUAUAUGGAACGUUGACGAGACUGGCGUCACAACCGUUCAACGACUAGAUAGAAUUGUAGCGCGGCGUGGAUUUAGGCAAAUAGGGAAACUAACUUCCGCUGAACGAGGAAAUCUCGUCACAAUUGCGUUUGCAGUGAAUGCAGCAGGCAAUAGUAUUCCCCCGUUCUUCGUAUUUCCUAGAGUAAGAUACCAUGAUCACUUCAUCCGUGACGGGCCUCCUGGUUGCGAAGGCGAUUCAAAUCCUUCUGGAUGGAUGAAGGAAGCCAAUUUCCUGAAAUUUGCCAAACAUUUUGUCUCUCAGGCCAGAUGCUCCAAGGAAAAACCUUGCAUUCUAUUGCUAGACAAUCAUGAAUCGCACUUAUCAGCCGACGUCUUAGAUUUAUUUAAAGACAACGGUGUGACCUUACUCUCAUUCCCCCCUCACUGCAGCCACAAGCUUCAACCUUUGGACCGUUCUGUGUAUGGACCUCUUAAAAAAUACAUCAACACUGCGUGUGAUGCUUGGAUUUGUACAAACAAAAGACCUAUGGGGAUAUAUGAUAUACCAUCCAUUUUGAAAUCGGCAGCACCUCUGGCGUUAACACCAACUAACAUUAUGGCUGGAUUCAGAGUGUCAGGUAUUUUUCCUUUGAAUCCAUUGAUCUUCACGGAUUCUGAUUUCAUGCCGAGCUACUUUACUGACAGGCCUGCUCCAGCUGGAAACAAUCCCUCCUCAGAACCAAAUUUGGACCAAUCGUCUGAGAAUCCUCCAGCACCAAGCUGUCUAUCACAAGUAGCUUCUUGCCCUUCACCAGAGGAUGUGAGGCCCCUCGAAAAAGCAGGGCCACGAAAAGAAACCACAAAGGGACGGAAGAAAAGGAAGUCGAGUAUUUUAACCGACACCCCAGUUAAAGAACAGCUGCGACUUGAACAAGAAAUGGCCAAGCAAAAAUGUAUCAAACUAGAAAAAACACAACAAAGCAAAGGAACUACAAAUUUAAAGUCUGUCAAGAAGGGCCUUUUCAAAAAUAAAUCAGCUAAUGCUGAAAAAGCAAGUAGACCUUCCACCAAGAAGAAAUCAACCUCACGUCAGAAUUUGUCAGAUGAUGAAGAAGAGACUGACUCCGUCUGCAUCUAUUGCUUGGAAAAAUACAGCAAUUCGAAAUCAAGUGUAGAGUGUGGCAAGUCCUGGAAGGUAGAAGAGGCUGCCCGUGAACCGGAUGGUGACGUAGGCAAUGAGAAAGUGCGAAUGGGAAAUUCUCCGUCGCCCUACCUCAUCACGUCAACAGGACCAACUCUGGACUUCCUUUUCCACAUCCGUAACCAUCUCAUCAUGUCAAAGGUCAAGAAAGCGAAUGGGACUGGUGGCGUGGCCCGUAGGCGACAGGAGCGAGGACCGCCAUGUAACUCACUUUAG